AUGGGUUGUGCUUAUUCGAAAACUUGCAUUGGUCAGAUUUGCGCAACGAAAGAAAACAGCAUCAGACGACGACCACAUCAUCAACAAGCUCCGGCGAGAGUUACGACUACUGCGACGGGGACGACGACAGAGGAGGAGAAUCCGGUGUUUAAUUUCACUUCAGAUGCGGCGGAUGAUGAAGAUAACGACGACGAGAUUCAUCAUCAGCUGAGUUUAAGUAGAGACCAAGAAUGGGGAAUCACUAGACUUUCUAGGGUUUCUUCUCAGUUUCUACCACCAGAUGGAUUAAAGAUUGUAAAAAUCCCAUCUUGUAACUAUGAAUUGCGUUACUCGUUUCUAUCUCAAAGAGGGUAUUAUCCAGAUGCUUUAGAUAAAGCGAAUCAAGAUAGUUUCGCUAUUCAUACGCCUUUUGGUAGUAACUCUGAUGAUCAUUUCUUUGGUGUGUUUGAUGGUCAUGGUGAGUUUGGUGCUCAAUGUUCACAGUUUGUGAAGAGGAGAUUGUGUGAGAAUCUACUUAGACAUGGUAGGUUUCGUGUUGAUCCUUCAGAGGCUUGUAAUUCGGCGUUUUUGAGCACAAAUUCUCAGUUACAUGGUGAUGAUGUUGUUGAUGAUAGUAUGAGUGGGACUACGGCGAUUACGGUUAUGGUUAGAGGGAGGACUAUAUAUGUAGCGAAUGCUGGUGAUUCGAGGGCGGUUUUAGCUGAGAAGAGAGAUGGUGAUCUUGUAGCUGUUGAUUUGUCUAUUGAUCAGACUCCGUUUAGAACUGAUGAGCUUGAAAGAGUUAAGCUUUGUGGAGCUAGAGUUCUUACUCUUGAUCAGAUUGAAGGGUUGAAGAAUCCUGAUGUUCAGUGUUGGGGUACUGAGGAAGACGAUGAUGGAGACCCUCCGAGGCUUUGGAUUCCUAAUGGAAUGUAUCCUGGAACUGCUUUUACGAGGAGUAUUGGUGAUUCUAUUGCAGAGACUAUUGGUGUUGUUGCUAAUCCUGAGAUUGCUGUUGUUGAGCUUACACCGGAUAAUCCUUUCUUUGUGAUUGCUAGUGAUGGUGUCUUCGAGUUCAUCUCUAGUCAAACUGUGGUUGACAUGGUUGCAAAGCAUAAGGAUCCUCGUGAUGCUUGUGCUGCGAUUGUUGCUGAAUCAUAUAGGCUAUGGCUACAGUAUGAAACUCGUACAGAUGAUAUAACCAUCAUUGUCGUGCACAUUAAUGGGCUAAAAGAUGAUGCUCCUCGGCAAUUGUCGAGUACAGGGUCAGGGACUCUAUUGCAGCCUCCAAUUCCACAAGUUGUGGAGCUUACAGGUUCGGAAUCUCCUUCCACCUUUGGAUGGAACUCUAAAAACCAACGUGUGAGGCAUGAUCUAUCUCGGGCUAGAAUACGUGCCAUUGAGAGUUCACUAGAGAAUGGACAUGCUUGGGUUCCUCCAUCUCCCGCCCAUAGGAAAUCCUGGGAAGAAGAAGCACACAUUGAGCGGGUUUUGCAUGACCAUUUCCUCUUCAGGAAACUCACUGAUUCUCAGUGUCAGGUUUUGCUGGAUUGCAUGCAAAGGCUCGAAGUUAAUCCAGGGGAUGUUGUUGUGAAACAGGGUGGUGAAGGGGACUGCUUCUACGUUGUGGGUAGUGGAGAAUUCGAGGUCUUGGCAACUCAGGAUGAAGAGAAUGGCGAGGUCCCUAGGAUCUUGCAGCGGUAUUCAGCUGAGAAACAAUCAUCAUUCGGUGAACUCGCCUUGAUGCAUAACAAGCCGCUUCAGGCUUCUGUACGCGCUGUGGACCAUGGAACAUUGUGGGCCUUAAAAAGAGAAGAUUUUCGAGGAAUUUUGAUGUCCGAGUUUUCAAAUUUAGCAUCCUUGAAGCUUCUUCGUUCUGUUGACCUUCUUUCCCGUCUCACAAUUUUGCAACUAAGCCAUGUUGCAGAGACUCUUUCCGAAGCUUGCUUCUCCGAUGGACAAACAAUAGUUAACAAGGACGAAAAACUUCAGGGUUUGUAUGUUAUCCAGAAGGGAGUCGUGAGAAUUACUUUCGGGACAGAGCUGUUGGAGAGUGAAAAUGUUUCAAGCGUUAAAACUGAGAUGACUAAAGAAUAUGAGAAUCUUGAAACCGGAACAGAAGUCUCCAUAGAAAAGCAAGAAGGAAGCUACUUUGGUGAAUGGGCUCUUCUUGGCGAACUCAAAGAUUCAUUAAGCGCGGUUGCAGUGGGAGAAGUGGUCUGUGUGGUUUUAACAAAAGAAAAGUUCGAAUCAGCAGUCGGACCUCUGACCAAUCUUUCAGAUGACACUCACAAGUCGAGACAUUCUUCGUUCGAUAUCUCAAAGGAAUCUGCAAAAGUUACUGAUACUACUACUACCAGGGACUUGCUCAUAGUAGAAUAA